GCAUGUAAAAGUAUCAGACUCAAAUGUGAUGGAGCAUGUUGUAGACAUAAGAUAAACAAGUAGAAGCAAUAAUUUUCCGAUAGUUCUGAGUUUUUAGAUGAGAUGAUUUUCACAAUUCGACAUUUUAUGCUACAAAAAUGUUCGACAGGAAAACAACACAACAUUUUGAACUUCCCUAUCCGCUAUGGAAGGAAGAGAGCAGGCACAUACAUAGGAUGCUAACCGCGUCCAACUCCUUAAAAAGGUCGGAGUAUUUACACACAGACAUUGGCUCCAACUUCUUCUGCUCACCAAAUACAGAAGCUAUAAACAACAUACAAACAGUUAACAUUCUCUCCAUAUAUCUAAACGUUUCCUGUAAAAAAAGGGCAGUCCGGUGCACUAAAGCUCCAGCUAUGCGCAGGGUCCGGAGAAGGGCCCCACCACAAGGGUGUAUUGUACGCAGCCUUGCCUUGCAUUUCUGCCAGAGGCUGUUUCCAAGACUUGAACUUGUGACCUCCUGGUCACAUGACAGCAACUGUACCAGUUACUCCAAGGCUCUCCUUCUAUAUAAACAUAUCUUGUAAAGAACAAAAUCUUGAUGAUGUUGAAACACACCUGCAAGAUUAGUAAUGGCAUUUGAUAAAGCUAGAGCCGAUGAAACGCCCUUUCCUCCACCAGACAUGUCCUCUCCUAAAAGCAGCUUUGCGAACCUCUCUUUCAUCAUUUCCAUUUCUACAUCGAAAACAAAGAA